CCAACCCGGACCACCCAGCCCGACCCUCGGAACCCUGGCCCGUUGUCACAUGAGAGGAUGAAGUGCCUUUUGCUUUCUCACAAAAAACCCUUGUUCUACAAAAUCCUUGGACUUUCAAAAUCACAAUUGCUCAAACCCUUCUCCGCCAACCAGGAGAAACAAGUUGAAUUUUUGGGAAAAAGAUUGCCUCUUCUUUAAGUAAAAUACAGAGAGCAAAGAAGAUAAAGGGGAUAGAAAGCAUGGCGAAGAGGGAGCUUUCGAGUACUUUGAUGAACUUGAAGUUUAUGCAAAGGGCAACUCAGAAAGUGGAGAAAUCUAAGCAGGAAGUGGAAGAAACCAAGCCAGAUGGGAAUGUUUUUUCACCUAGUAAUGUUAGUAGAAAAUGUGUUGUCAUCAUGGAAGGAGAUCCUCAUCCUGGGACUGUAAGAGGUCGCAUGUCAUUUCAGAACUUUAAUCCUACCAUUGAUAAAUUGAAUGAUGAGGCUGCUACUGAAGAAGUAGAAGCUUCAACAUCGUCUAUCUUUCAGAGUGGAAGAAAAUCUGGCAGGGAAAAUGGUGAAUCAAAGCAUACUGAUAUGAAUACGGGCGACAACGAUGCUGAUGGAGAAUUUAAAAGGAAACAGACUGGGGAAUCUUCUCAAAAGAAGCAUCCUAAGAAGUUAAAGAAAGAUAGCCAAGGUAAUAAACAGCCUUCCUCAAGCGAGAACAGUUCUCGUAAGCAAUCAAAACGUGAUAAGCUUGACUACAAUGUGCUAGUGCGACCGAAGUCUCAAAACAAGCACAAUGGAGGGUAGUCAGAAGAGUCACUAGUCAGCUAGUGAUGACGGAUUGACGUGUAGAAUGAUAUUGCAAUGCAUUUUUUUGACUUCAGGAAAGUUUGUCAUCCACAGCCUUUGUUUUCUCGUCAGUUUAGCCAGUUUUGUUAAGGAAUCUGUUGUGAAUGAUACAUCGAACCAUUUUCCUUGUCUGAGGUUGUAAUUUACUUAUUUGUCGUGCUUCUUACGAAGAUUUAUUGACAAAUUUGAUAUGGUUGUAAGUUUGUAACUCAUAAUCUUAAGCUCCUUCAAGUAAUCGGAGUAUAGAUUAUAUAUUCCAGUUUUAAAACGUUGCUAAUGCAUGUUCGGAGAAACUUCAGCA